AUGGGUAUCUCUCGUGACUCCCGUCACAAGCGCAGCGCCACUGGUGCUAAGCGCGCAUAUUACCGCAAGAAGAGAGCUUUCGAGAAGGGUCGCCAGCCCGCCAACACCCGUAUCGGUGCCAAGCGCGUCCACCUCGUCCGCACCCGCGGCGGCAACCGCAAGUUCCGCGCACUCCGCCUCGAUUCCGGCAACUUCUCGUGGGGCAGUGAAGGCGUCGCCCGCAAGGUCCGCGUCAUCGCCGUCGCUUUCCACCCUUCCAACAACGAGUUGAUCCGUACCAACACCCUCACCAAGGCCGCCGUUGUCCAGGUCGAUGCCGCCCCAUUCCGUCAGUGGUACGAGGCCCACUACGGUGCUGCCCUUGGCCGCAGACGCCAGGCCGCCAAGGAGGAGGAGAUUGUGAAGAAGAGCAAGUCUGUUGAGAGCAAGCAGAAGGAGCGUCACACCGCCGGUGGCAAGGUUGAGCCAGCACUCGAGCGCCAGUUCGAGGCCGGUCGUCUUUACGCCGUUGUUGCCAGCCGUCCCGGCCAGAGCGGUCGUGUCGAUGGUUACAUUCUGGAGGGUGAGGAGCUUGCUUUCUACCAGCGUGCGAUCAGGAAGUAG